AUGCUUGAACAUAUACUUAGUUUAGGUGCUUAUUUAUUUUGCAUUGGUAUUUUUGGAUUAAUUACAAGUCGAAACAUGGUCCGAGCACUUAUGUGUUUAGAGUUAAUUUUUAAUGCUGUUAAUAUUAAUCUUAUAACUUUUUCUAAUUCUUUUGAUACUCAACAAGCAAAAGGUGAAAUUUUUGCUAUUUUUAUUAUAGCGAUUGCGGCUGCUGAAGCAGCUAUUGGACUAGCUAUUGUUUUAGCGAUUUAUCGUAAUAAAAAUUCAACUCGUAUUGAUCAAUUUAAUUUGUUAAAAUGGUAA